GAGAUGGGUCUGGCUGCAGCCUGGAGCCUCCCCCCGUCUCAUGGCCUCCGAACACGCAGCUGAACUCACAGCGUCGCAGUAUUUUCUUAGCUUUUUCGUUGGAUGCUGUUUAUCCAAAGACCAGUCCAACAACCCAACGCAGACCACACCAGCACGUCCUUACAACAUCCUGCACGCCACUGUGAAGAUGUCCAGCUCUGUAUCAACAACCACUCAUGGGGUGGUGGUCAUCACCCAUGUUCACCCUGCUGGGAACGGCUUGGGGAUGGGGGCCCCUCCCCCCACCUGUAUGUGUCGGGUAGGACCUGUGGUGUCGUCUGUGAUGGAGAGUUUCCGUGAGGGACAUCCUAAGGCUCUGGGGACAGUACAAAUUAUGUUUGGAGCCAUGGCAUUUUUGUUUGGAAUCGUGAUGACUUUUGGCGAAUUGAGUCUUGGAGUACUAAGUGGUAUAUUCGUCUGGGGCAGCAUCAUUUACAUAAUUGCAGGCUCUCUCACCAUUGCAGCUGAAAAAUCGUUGAACAAGUGCCUGGUGAAGGCUUCAUUGGGAAUGAACAUUGUUGCCACAGUGACUGCUGUUACAGGCACCGUUCUCUACUCUUUAGAUGCUGCUAGUGUAUUUAGCUAUUGUUACGAUUACAAUUGGCUAUGUCGUCGAUACUGGGCCAAACAUCAGGGAAUUUCUGGUGUCAUGGCGCUUUUCUCCUUGCUGGAGAUAAUGGUCACCAUCAGUGUCUCAGCAUUUGCCUGCAAAGCUGUCUGUCAUUCCCCCCCUGAACAGGUGUUCAUCGUUGGCAGUCACUUACCUCAAGGUGGCCCUGUACCUUCACAGACAACAUUCGACAUCCCACCAAACAGCUAUGAGACUUUGAGGACCCCAAAAGGAGCAGAAGAGGGAUUGCCUGCCUACGACGACAACAGACCCCCCCAGUAUAGUUUGGCUAUGAUUACCUGAGGUUGUUAACUGUGGCUGCUUGCUUGGCUUCUAGGUUCUCUUUAGUUUGUUAUUAGGGCUGAACGAUUAAUUGCAUUUAAUAUCGCAAUGUGACAAAACAAGAUUUUGUCAUCGUUAAGGCUGCGAUUUUACUUUGGUCACGUGACACGCAAGAGUAACGCAGUUUGCAGACGAAGGAUCAACUUUGCACGUACAAUUUACCUUGACCUGUACGAUGACCUCAGGCUCGACAGAACCUGACACUACAGACACUUUUGCCAAUUUUGCCUGCCUGGCUAAUGUUGUUACCUCACGUGGCAACACCACCAACCUAAUUCGGCCCUAAAAAAACACCACAAAGCCAUGUACGAUGCAUAGCUAAAAUGCUGAACACCAGUGUGUCAAAUUAGCCAAAUAACACCCGACAGGAUCACUGUUUAAAAUGUUUCAAAGCCUAACUCCUUAUUAAUGUACGAAAUUACUCAAGCAGUCACAGCAUUCAUCGCGAAAGAUAUUAUGCCCCUCGGUGAUACACAUACAGUAGACUAGGAUCACUAUGGCUGUCAGUGCCAUACUGUUUCUGUUAGGCUACUGACUGGAUCAGAAAUGUUCAGACAGUUUUUAUUUUUUAUUAUUUUUUAUUUAACCUUUAGAUGUGUGAGUUCUAAAUAUUUCCAGCGGUCCCCACUGCGCAAGUUUUUUCCCCCAAAGCACAUGUUAUAUUAGCCUACAUUUAGCUUUGAUUUACCAAAAUAUAUACAAAGAAGUAUGUUUUACUUAAUUACUCUGAACUUUGUGUGUUAUGUUGCUGACUGGAGAUCAGUAGUAUAUAUAUAUAUUUAUUAAUAAUAAUCAUAUAAUAAUCACAUAUUAAAUCGCAAUUGCAAUAUUAGUCAAAAUAAUCGCAAUUACCUUAUUUUCCCAAAUUGUACAGCCCUAUUUGUUAGGGUCACUUUUUUACCCCCAAUAAUCACUUUUUAAAAUCUUUCCACUGGUUAGAACAAAAUUAUACUGACAAUGUUUAACUGUGUCAUGUUUUUUUUUUUCUGUUCUUGUAUUUCAAAUUCUCUGUUAUGGUGUAAGGCUGAGUGUCAUCCUGCCCCCACCUCUCAUAUGCUAGAAUCUGGAGUUGCUGGACGGAGUCUCUACUUAAUGGCUCUCACAACUCAUUGUAUAACUUACUGUAGCAUUGCUUGUCAUAUGUGGAUAAGUAAGGGUCAAGAUGUGGUGUGAUUGGUUGUUCUUGGGUAUAAAAGUAAUUGUGAAGCAUUGUUCUGUGGAUUCUUGAUCUCCUCAGACCUUCUCUUCAGCUCAGGCUUGUCCCACUCAUUCUCCUUCCUCACAUCUUGCUUUCUAUCUCUGGUUUAUAAUAAUUAUGGUAGAGUAAGAGUUAUCCUUUAUUCUGUAACAUGUUUGCCUUGUAAUUGAUUUCAUUCAUUUGCAAUUUCAUUAAAUGUAUAUUUCAUUUCACCUCA